AUGGAGGAGUUGAUAGCAUGUGAAAAGGGCGAGUCGUCGUGUUCUAGUAAUGUUAAAGACGUAAAUGAAUUUUUAGGCAGGUCGAAGAGAGCAAGUGCUAAGCUUUUGUUGUCGAAUGAAUGGGAGACGUAUAUACAUCAUGUCGGGCAGAAGUUUGACGGUGGUGCAGAGGAGUUCCGGUUGAAAUUGUGCAAGUAUGCUCUUGAAGUAGGAUUUAAUUUUUUAUAUGCCGGCAAUGACAAGAGGCAGAUACAGGAAUCAAAUAGUAAGAUGAUGAGGUCUCGUGUGGUGUCGUCUCUCUUUGUGGACAGAAUUCGUGCAAAACCAUAG